AUGGAAAUACUCAGAAGUAUUCAAGCCGUGGUUGGACAGAAUGGAAAUCAGCCCGGUCACCACUCCAAGCUAUCUGAUUUUCAAAGGACUAAGCCUCCCAGUUUCAGUCAGGCCAUUGAUCCCCUGGAUGCAGAUGAUUGGUUGAGAACUAUGGAAAGGAAGCUUGAGGUUGCUCGAACUGAUGAAGGGGAUAAGGUUCCAUUUGUAACACAUUAUCUUGAAGGUGCCGCUGCCAUAUGGUGGGAAAAUGAAAAAGCCAUAGGGACUGCUGAUGAAGAAAUUACCCGGUCAAGAUUCAAGGAACGAUUCCGGAGAUAUCACAUCCCUACGGGAAUUAUGAAGGCUAAGCAGCGUGACUUUCUCGCGCUCCUCCAAGGAAGUCAGUCUGUGCGAGAAUAUUUGCUGAAAUUCAACCAUCUGUCACGUUACUCUCCAUAUGACGUGGCCACUGAAGAAAGAAAGAUUGACAGGUUUCUUGGUGGAUUAAACCCGCAACUCCGUUGUACUCUCAGUAUGCUCGACUUCCCAGACUUCCAAACUGUGGUAAACAAGGCUUUCAUUGCUGAAAGGGAACACAAGCUUGUAUCGGACACUAAGCCCGUCAAUAAUGAUCACAAGCGCAAGUUUAAGCCAAGAAAAGAAAUGCAACCAGUGCAGAAAGCUCGUACCUGGCAGCCAACUCAGUUAAUGGAGAGCGGCCUGCUCUCCGUCAAGGUCUUCGGGAACUCCAGAAUUCGCCUAGGGUGCUGCGUGGAGAGCUCCACUGAUGACGAAAUCUCCUCCUCGAGCGACAGUGGCGAGGAGGACAGCGCCAGCGACGACGACAGCGGCGGGCGGGAGGACGAUGACUCUAAGUCUGGCUGA